AUGUCUUUGGACGACCCUCUAUUGGCUCUUGCAGAUGCAGCUUCCAAGGAGCAUUCCUCCCCUGGAACAAAUCCAUGGGUUCUUGGAAGCUACACCCAGAAACCCAAACGUAAGGGGAAGGCAGAUGCAUUCUCUGCCGACCAGUGUGCUCCUGUAACGCCAGACAAGGGCAAGAAAGUCGAGUCCAAAAAGAUCACAGAAAUGCAAAAUUUAUGCACAUAUGCGAGAAGAAAUCAAAACACCACAGCAGAUACCGACGAGGAAAAAGCACAGGCCAAAGUUCAUCAACGAAGGCAAACCCAAAGGGUCACAAAAAUCAGCAACCUAAAGUCUGCUGCUUCUACAGAAAACCCAACUGGUAAGAGAAAGUAUGUUCCAAAGACAGCGCUCAAUAAAGCAUCAACUAGUACCCCAGCAGGAGCAAAUGGAUGGUUUACUAAUCCAAAGACAAUUGAACCGGCCAAAAAGUCUUGCAGAAGGGCAUUAAAUUUUGAUAUAGAAAGGCAGUUUCCAGACGAAGCUCUAAAUUCAGGCUAA